AUGGAUAAGUCCCACCUCUUCCCUGGCGAAUAUGAGCCACAUCAUCAUAAUGGUCAAGCUCUUGGCCCCAACACAACAACGGACCGGGCGUCGCCGUUUGACAACCAACAUCACGCAGAAGAUUACUUUUCGACACAUCUACCAUCGAGACCUGUGACACCGAUAGGAGGCAUGGACGGCACCCAAGAUCUCAGGACCGGCCGCCAUCGCCGGCCGCGCAAGAUUGUCUUGUGCUUUGACGGAACUGGCAACAAAUUCCAGGGCGAUGAUUCCGACAGCAACAUCCUCAAGAUUUACAGGAUGCUGGAUAGGACGGCCGAUGACCAGUACCACUACUACCAACCCGGAAUCGGCACCUACGUCGUCUCCACCAGCCUCACCCGCACCAGCACCGUCGCCCGCCUGCGCUCCUGGUACCAAAAAUCCAAAGACUCCGCCAUCGGCACCUCCUUCGACCAGCACGUCGUAGGCGGCUACCGGUUCCUGAUGCGCUUCUAUCGCACCAACGACGAGAUCUACAUCUUCGGCUUUUCCCGUGGUGCCUACGUCGCGCGCUUCCUCGCCGAAAUGCUCGACUACAUCGGCCUUUUAUCUCACGGCAACGAAGAAAUGGUUCGGUUCGCAUGGAAGGCCUUUUCUAACUGGCAGGCGCGUCGGUCCGAUGACUCGCCCGAGGGCGUGGCGAAGAAGAAGAAGAUCGUGCCGCAGUUUGAGAGCGCGUGGAUGGAGCGGAGCAAGUUUCCGUAUACGGCGAGGACGUCGGCCAAGGUGGUGCGGCAUGCGGUCAGUAUUGAUGAGAGGAGAGCAAAGUUUCGGCAGGACUUGAUCUACCAGAGCGCCCACAGGAAGUGCAAGGAUCGCCAUACGGCGAGGGAGAAACUGCAUGAGUUCCAGGAGAACCUGAAGUAUCGCGGGAGGAGUCAUCCACAUGCUGGAGCUGGUGCUGCUGAGGGUGGUGGUGCCAGUGGGAAGAAAGACGGCCGUGGCAGGAGACCGACGCUUGUGGUGCCUGAGCAGGAGCCCGCUCCGUAUCGGACGCGCUCUCACUCGGUUCGGUCGAGGAGGACAAAUCAGUCGGGGGUGUCUGGUAGGGGUGACGGUCCCAUUCAUGACGGCCACUCCGAGGUUUCUGUGGGGCCUCACCCCGAGACUGACGAUGACGGUGAGGACUUUGAAGAAUCGGAUGAUGAGCACGAGCAAGACAUCGAUGAAGUCUGGUUCGCGGGCGGUCAUGCUGACAUUGGUGGCGGAUGGAGUGUUGAGGAAGGCCAAAAGCCUGCAUCGCACAUCCCCUUAUGCUGGAUGGUCCGCGAAGCCAUGCGAGCCGGUCUGCAUUUCGACCCCGACAAGAUCCAAGCCAUGGGAUGUGUUGAUCUGAUGGACGAGAUGGACAUCGACCAUGCUCCCGAAGCCAAUGCUCAGAACGACAAGAUGAAGUCGGAGCACCUGGGAGCAUCACCGGCGGCCAACAGCAAUAGAGUGGCCAAACAAUCAGGAGCAGGUUGCACUUGCUCCCACGGCAACGGCAACGGCAAUGCCAUCGGCAACAGCAACCAACAAGUCGACCCCAAUACAACCAUCCCCAACAUCACAGUCCGCAGUCCCAGUACUCCCAAAAUCUUCCAGCAAUCUUCCUGGAAAAUCGACUCCUUCUCCUCCAAAGACAAGGACAACAAGUCCAACAAGGCCGACAAGUCAUUAACUCCCAAAGACAAAGACAAAGACACCACCGCACAGCAAGAAAGUCCAACCGGCAGCCCCACCAUGGACCAUCAAGCAAUCGAAGACGGCCUCAAGUCCCCCACAACCAGCAACAACACCUCCACCUCCACCUCCACCUCUUCAUCAGACUCCUCCGAAGCUUCAUGCCCCUUGCACACCCCCUGGUCCUUCCACGCCAUGAUCACCCACUGCCACACAGCGCGCAUCCACGACUCUUUAUCCUUCGACUGCGGCCUCGGUUUUGGGUCGGUCCUAGCCUGGAAAAUGAUGGAAUACCUGCCCUUCCGACGUCUCGACCUUUCGGAGGAUGGGUCAUGGAAACCCAUUCGCUGGCCUCUGCCGUGCGGCGAGGUGCGCGAUAUCCCUGAGAAUGCACGCGUGCAUGGUAGUGUGAUUAAGCGCAUGCAGAUGGACGAGACGUACAGACCCGGCAAUCUGAUUAUCGGUGGAGGAGGACGCGGGGUGAAGUUUGCGGGGAAGGAACAUGGGAUUGGGGAGUGGGUUUGUGUCAAGGAGGAGGGGGACCCAAUUGGGGAGGUGUGGAUGAAGAAGAGGGCGCUGGUGAAGGCGGGGAGGGGGGGUGUUAAUGGUAAUGGUAAUGGGGAUGGUGAUGAGGAAAGGGAGAUGGAAAGGGAGAUGGAAAGGAAAGAAGGGAAAAGACGUGGUCGCCUUUUCAUCCCUCAAUUGCCCAUAAAAGCUGGCCAAAUGUCUGACUCGGCCGACGUCGAAAUGGUUGAUGCAGUCACCAGACUAGCCGCGGGAAACAUCAGUACGCUAGACUCGGCGGAGCGCCAGUUUAUCACUGCUGUACAGCAAUUCAACCCCAAUAUGGGAAGCUCCAGUCCAUUUCAGUGUCCUCUUCCAUCCAACUUGAACGCUGUCCUGUAUAACCAAAAUCCGGUGUUCACAGGAAGCCAGCAACUGCAAUACCCUAAUGGGCCGAAUGAAACCAUUCCAGUCUUUGGUGGCCCAUUCGAUGUCAUGGAUAUGGCCCGAGGAGAAUAUGCGACGGUAUCAUCUUCAUCGCAGUCUUCAAUCUCCCAGGGGGAUCCAUCGGCAACGCCUCGGUCAGUCAGUUUCGGCAGCAUGGCACCUCCCCAACCUGAGCGCGACGAUCAUCAACCCAGCGCACCAUUUCCAAAAACACAUCACCAGCCCGGGGAAAGGCACGCCACUGGUGAAGGAGCCAACGCUGAAUGGCCGCAGAAGGAGGAGUUCGUCUUCAAGAAAAUGCAUUUUGGCAGGCAUGCGAGAAAAGGAUUGAAGAAAAUUCGAACAGAGCUUUCGGCCCUGCUUGGAAUCGCUGUGAUGAGCGCAAGCAGAUUCUCCAAGUUGCAGAAAGAGAUAAAGGGGCGCCUAUUUCAGAACAUACAGGAUGAAGCCGUCAACACCUUGGAGCCCAAAUUCAACGAGGUACUUGAGGAACUCGGUUUUGGGACUGCGCAAAUUCAAAACGAGCAACAGACCGAGAUUACGAUGCUCGUCCAACAACAUGUGAGAGAAGGGAUCGCCGGCGUACUCCAGGAUGCCGCUUUUAUUGUUGAAGCCGCUAGAGUGUCUCAACCACGCAGCUGA